CAACACACACAUGACCCGGGUCACAUGACGGUAAGCCUCGGUACUACCUCCUGGUUCAUAGCAUAGACUGGCUACACGGAGCGAGGCUAGCUGUUAGCUUCAACUGUCUAAACGGCCAAGAUGAGUUUCCUAGGAGGUUUGUUUGGACCGGUAUGUGAGAUAGACGUACUGCUGAACGAUGCAGAGAACAGAAAAACAGCUGAAUUGAAGACGGAAGAAGGUAAAGUGGAGAAACACUACCUGUUCUACGACGGAGAGUCUGUGUCUGGCAAGGUGAAUCUAAAUGUGAAGCAGGGAGGAAAGCGACUGGAGCAUCAAGGCAUCCGCAUCGAGUUUGUUGGACAGAUAGAGCUGUUCUCUGAUAAGAGCAACACCCAUGAGUUUGUGGACUUGGUGAAAGAGUUGGCUCUACCUGGAGAACUCGCCCAGAACAGGAGCUAUGACUUUGAGUUCAUGCAAGUGGAGAAGCCCUAUGAGUCCUAUACUGGAGCGAAUGUCAGGCUAAGGUAUUUCCUCAGGGUGACAAUAGUUCGUCGUCUGUCUGACUUAGUGAAGGAAUACGAGCUGAUUGUCCACCAGUUGGCCACCUACCCAGACGUCAACAACUCGAUCAAGAUGGAGGUCGGCAUAGAAGACUGUCUGCACAUUGAGUUUGAAUACAAUAAAUCCAAAUACCACCUUAAGGACGUGAUUGUUGGGAAGAUCUACUUCCUGCUGGUCAGGAUCAAGAUCCAACACAUGGAGCUACAGCUCAUCAAGAAGGAGAUAACAGGCAUAGGUCCCAGUACUACCACAGAGACAGAGACGGUUGCAAAGUAUGAAAUCAUGGAUGGAGCUCCAGUUAAAGGAGAAUCAAUCCCCAUCAGACUGUUCCUGGCAGGAUAUGACCUGACACCCACCAUGAGGGAUGUCAACAAGAAGUUCUCUGUACGUUACUUCCUUAAUCUGGUGCUGGUGGAUGAAGAGGACAGAAGAUACUUUAAACAACAGGAGAUUGUUUUGUGGCGAAAAGCUCCGGAGAAAAUAAGGAAAAGAAACUUCCAACCACAGCGCUACGAGUCGCCUGAGCCCCGAACUCAGCCAGUUAAUGCAGAGCAGCCAGAGAUGUGAGGGCGAUGCUAUGAACUGAAAAUACACAGACACACACACACACCAACUCUUCACUGCUGAACAGCCAGAGGUGUGAGGGCUUCCCCACUAUCUCCCUGGACUGAGAAAUGUAUACAUGAAUACACAGAACAUACCUUCAGGCAUCCCCAUCACCACUCCACAGCUUCAGAUGUGAGCUGUUUGACCACCUUCACUCUCCCCCCCCCCCCCCCCCCCCCCCAGGACUGACACACACUCGCAUACAGACGCGCAAGCAUACAAUCCAAGAAAGCUGAAAGCUAAAUGUCAAGGCAAGAGUGCAAAUCAAACCGACCCGAGUAAGGAACAGGGAGGCAGCCUAUUCGACCUUGGCGUCUCAGACUGAAAACCCACUCACACAAGUGAAGCCAUGCUGUCUGUUUGCUGAAGGCAUAUUAAAACAGGAGCGAUGACGACCACCACACCGUUUAUCCCUUUCUUCUGCAACAGGUGCCUCCUUUUGUUUGCGUAUUUGGACAGCACUAAUCCUGGACUUUCUUUGGCACCCUCCCUCCCACAUCCCCUAUACAAUUUCUAGAGUCUGGAUGGGCUAGCCAGGGAUUUAAAGCAUUAAAGACAUGUGGGGAUCGGCCUGAACAAAGGACAUGAGAGGCUAAGCUAUGAGUCAACACGUGCUAUGUGUUUAUUCACAAUAUGAUGAUGCCUCUGUGUUCUCGUUCAUCCAUCUUGCUGGGAAAUCAAGAGUUUCCCAGUUGUUGUUAAGUAUGUUGCAACAGUCUGCAGCUUCUUCCAUGUAAAUGUCUGUUUAGCGCAACACAUGUCCAUCCAAACACACAUUUAAUCUGCCGGCUGUUUGGUAAAAAGUACAAUAUUUUCCACUUCUUGCAUGUUUCCAGUUUCAGUCCACAUUUCAUCCCAAUCAAGAAAUUGUGUUUGACUCGAGAUGGACGUUAUAAUUUCAAUGUAAUUUAUUUCAUAAAAUCAUUUAAUUAAAUAGGAAUCAUUUAGAGCUGCAACUAACGAUUUCGUUAUCGAUUAAUCUGCACAUUCUCGAUUAAUCGUUUAAUCGUUUAGUCCACAAAUGUCUUCUUUUGUCGGACCAGCAGUCCAAAAACAUUCGAUUUACAAUCACAUAAUGGAGAGAAACGCAGCAAAUAGUCAAUUUACAAAUCGAUUCAUUGACCAAUCGUUGCCGCUCUAAAAGUGUCCUACUUUCACAUCCACUUUGAGAUCACUACAACAUUUCAGUCUCUUGGUAAGAUGAAUAUUUGAUGCAACUUUCACUGAUACAGUUUGUCUGAUUACUACAAGAGUGCCUCCAAAUGUAUUUGGAGAUUCACUCUCAAAUUCUUUAUCAAGUCAACUUGUUUCUCUGGCACGAGGCCUUUUCUUUGAUCUUUAAAAUGCUGUUUAUUUAUGACUAAUCUUGAAGAAUAGAAGCCCUUUGUUGUUUGUCUCAUCUAAAUUAUUUUAAGGGUCGGUACACUCAAAUUACAAAAAAUAAAAAAAUCAAAGUUAGAGUUCAGUGCUUUGAGCACCACACAUUUAAUUUCAUUAACCUCCAUUGUAUUGGGGUGGAGGAAGAAGUUAUAGAGUGAUAUCCCCAAACUUGGACAUGUUAAAGCUGUAUUUUCUGCAAUAUCUUAAAUUCAAUGCUUAAAAAAAGGCUGACAGUUAAGGAAGUGUUGCGGCUACUUAUACCUGAAAAUAAAUGUCCUGUCAUCACUGCAUGAGUUCAAUGAAUCGAUAGAAGAAUGAAAUGAUGCUAGCCAUAAUCAGCAGACUGCAAUUUCACUUUCUUUUUCAUAGGUCGCAGCAUUUUGUUAGCCUGUUGGUUUGGUAUAAGUAGAAUACUAAUGUUAGGAAAAAGUCUCAUAUCUGCUAUUGUAAGCACUGGAAGGGAUGCCGUAUCAAUAUACUGUAAAGUCCAACAAUAUUCCACUGUGACGCUCAGACCGGCAGUUUUAGGUCCUGCUUUAAAGACGCACGCACACAGUUUGGUGGCGUUACCGGUCUUGUGUGUAGGUUAAAUUUGCCCUUAAGCUCUGAUCUGUGGCCAGUUUUGCACUUUCCCCUCCAAUGCUUAACUUUGUUAAAAAGGGGCAUGGAAGCUGGAUCUAAACAUCACUCAAGGACAACUUCACCUCAGAGAUCUCCUCGGUCUAUAAUGGAGAUUAUACUGUCAAUUAUAUCUUAUCACUACUUGUUUUAAUUGGACUGAAUAAGUACAAUAUUUUGUGUUAUUUUUGUCUUUUUCAUGUGCAAGUCAUGUUACAUGUUUCAUUUCAUACAACUCUGAACACUCGCAUCUACAGUUCAGAUUUAUUUGGUGCUUUGCAACCUGGUUUUCUUUUGUGUGGGAACAGUGUAAUUUAUUUGCAGGUAACGCUUUCGUUCUGUCUGUCAGACAUACUUUCUGUCUUUCUAAAAACACUGUACAGGUAGGGUUUGUUUGGUGUACUUUGAAUACCUUCGAAUGUAAUGAAGAAAUACUUUUAUGCCAAAACUCUCUGCCCCUGUCUUAUGUACUGCAUGUUAACCUUUACACAAUGUCUAACCAUGCCAUCGACAUGUGCGUGUGUGUGCGUGUGUGUGUGUGUGUGUGUGUGUGUGUGUGUGUGUGUGUGAUAUGUGUAUAUACACCAAACCCAAAUAUAUAGCCAAAAUGAAUCGUGAAUAAAGCAAAUUUAUACAGAA